AUGGACAGCCAUCUCGCCAAUCUCACCACCGGCGCUGGGCUGAUAGUGGUUGCAGUUUGUCUGUUGUACGUGCCGUACCUUUACAGUACGACCGACUCCAUCAAAAAUGACGUCACAAUUAGGAUGGACCAAUUUAGGAUGCACUAUGAAGAGAUAACAAUCUCACUUCGUGAGCACAGUACAAGACACGGAACCAUCCGUAGGGAAAGACAAGCCCAGGGUGUAUGCCAAUGUGGUGGACAGAACAACUGCCCAGGAGGUCCAGCAGGUGCUCCGGGUACACCUGGAAUUCCUGGAGAGCCUGGCAAACCAGGUUCUAGAGGACCACCAGGAGCACCCGGAAUCAUUCCACCGAUGGAAGACCGGGGAGAUGGAAGCUGUAAGAUUUGUCCACCAGGCCCGGUUGGUCCACCGGGACCACCCGGAACACCAGGAUCUCCUGGAGCAAACGGUCACCCCGGAAGUCCUGGAAUGGAUGGACCACCAGGAGAGAGAGGACAAGCUGGACAGCCUGGUAAUCCUGGCGCUCCUGGUCCUAAUGGACCUCCUGGCCCGCCUGGUGAGGCAGGACGCGAUGGACAAGAAGGAGGACAAGGACCACCAGGCCCACCAGGACAGCCGGGAGCACCAGGUAGCGGUGGGGCGAAUGGAGAUCCUGGUAGACCAGGACCACCUGGUUCUCCUGGUACUCCUGGCGAGAUGGGAGUUCCUGGAGAGAGAGGAAUGGCCGGUGCUCCCGGUAAUCCAGGAAGAAUGGGACAACCUGGACAGCCUGGAUCUGAUUCUUUGUAUUGCCCUUGUCCAAGAAGAUCGCACGCCCUUGAGGCGAGAAUCAAGGCGGAGAGAGCCGCUAAAGUUGUGAAGAGUGCGAAAGCUGUAAAAGCGAAAGCGGCAAAGGCUGUGAAGAAACACUAA